CACUCUCUCUCUCUCUCAACAGACUAAAGCUCCAAUGGAGGAUUGAAGCCGUUCAGCCGACGAUGACAUCUGCUAAUACAAUGUGCAGAAUUAUGCUGUGGGACGAUGGAUAAUCAACAGAGAGGAACUGAUAAUAUGGCGUCAGGUGAAACUGAUCAUCUUCAGUGUGUGGAGGAGCCUCAGCCAGGAGACCUCAUCGAGAUCUUCAGACCGGCUUAUCAGCACUGGGCUCUGUAUCUGGGAGACGGAUACAUCAUCAACCUCACGCCCGUCGAUGAAGGUCAGGCCACUGCUGUGUCCAGUGUGAAGUCGGUGUUCAGCCGUAAAGCUGUGGUCCGCAUGCAGCUCUUGAAGGAGGUGGUGGGUGGAGAUUCAUACAGGAUCAAUAAUAAAUAUGAUGACGAUCACACGCCGCUGCCCGUCUCGGAGAUCAUCCAGCGGGCGCAGAUGCUCAUCGGGCAGGAGGUGUCGUAUGACCUGCUGGGCAGCAACUGUGAGCACUUCGUCACUCUGCUGCGAUACGGUGAAGGAGUGUCCGAACAGGCGUCAAGGGCUAUCGGUGCCAUCAGUCUGGUGACGGCUGCCGCAAGUGCUUUCUCAGUGCUGGGUCUCAUCAAUACCCGAUCCAGAAACAGACCCUUCUAAACCUGCUGAAGACCCUCUGGAGGCGUUUGCUUUUCUGAGUUAAGUGUCCUCUAUAUUCUCU